UGAGGUGGUUUGCAGAGAGGAUGGAGGAUUGGAAAGAGGCUGAGAAAUUCCAUGAGAAAUGAAGCUCAUCCCUCCAAGAGCUACACCUGCCUGAAGGUACCAGAAGAGAAUGAGAAGCAUGAGAAGCUGCGCUUGGAGAGGGAGCAGGAGCAGAAGAAGGCCAGCAAGACCAGCACGCCGCGGGCCAACAGCGCCCUGUCCCCGGAGGAGCCCCGAAGCGAACUGCUGGUGCCUAUCUCCCCCCCGGCCCCAGUGCCCCCGCCACCCCCGCCCCUGGCAGCCCCCAUUUCGGUCAUUCCCAUCCCUGUUGUCACCAGUUCCCCCCAGCAAGCAGCCCAAACCGCCCUGUCCCCACCGCUCGUGCAACGCCACCAGCCCCUCGUAAGCACUCCCAGCGUCCCUAAGGAAUCCUCGUCGGUGGCACCGGUGAUCCAGAGGCCGCCAGGCCCACACCUGCCGGAUGGGAAAGCUGCAACCCCUCCAUCAGGCAGCCCCAAGCAGCUCCAGCAUUACACAGCACCGGUCCUGGCCAUCUCCCAGCACCACGUGGUCCCGCAGCCCAUCCAGCCCCUGCAGCACCCGGCAGCGCCCGCGCCGCUCGGCACCCUGAAGCUGGCUCCAGCAGAUGACCUGAAACCCAUCGAGCUCAAGAAGAGAAUUGGAGGGGUUGGGACCAGGGAAGUACAUAAUAAAUUGGAGAAGAACAGACGUGCACAUUUGAAAGAGUGCUUUGAGACUUUAAAGCGCAACAUCCCCAACGUAGAUGACAAGAAGACCUCAAACCUCAGUGUCCUCAGGAGUGCCUUGCGAUACAUCCAGACUUUAAAGAGGAAGGAAAAAGAAUAUGAGCAUGAGAUGGAGCGGCUGGCGAGAGAGAAAAUCGCUACCCAGCAGCGACUGGCAGAACUGAAGAACGAGUUGAGCCAGUGGAUGGACAUCUUGGAGAUUGACAGAAUUAUUCGACAGACAGUUCAGCCAGAGGAUGACCAGGCAUCUACCUCGACAGCAUCAGAGGGUGAAGACAACAUCGAUGAAGACAUGGAAGAUGACAGGCCAGUGAACUCAUUACCAAAACUUACCCAGCGCCAGCACCCAGAGCUGCUGAAAGCUGUCCCCCCGAAUGCUGCUCCCCCCCUGCCCGCGGUCCUGCCCCCUCACCUCUCCAUCCAGCAGAAGCCCCACGCCCAGCCCCCCCUCCAGACACAAGCACUGGUCCCGCCACAGGCGAUCGUCCCCGCACAGACUCACAUCGUGGCGGCCUCGACCGUGCAAUCGACUGUUAUCGCCCACACCGCCACCACCCACGCCUCGGUCAUCCAGACUGUCAACCACGUGAUUCAGGGUCCACAGACCAAGCACAUUGCUCACAUUGCACCUUCCACGUCCAGCCCCGUGCAACUCACCACUGCUGCUCAGCCCAUCGGCCACAUCACUGUGCACCCGGCCACCAUCAACCACAUGGCCCACCUGGGCCCGCAGCUGCCCAUCUACCCCCAGCCCGUGGCCGUCAGCCAGCCCGUGGUGAGCCACAUCGCUCACACCAUCUCACACCAGCAAGUGAACGGCACCACCAGCCUGGGCCAGCCGGCGGUGAUGGCCAAGCCGGCCGUGGGAACCCAGGUGGUGCAUCACCCGCAGCUGGUGGGGCAGACGGUCCUAAACCCGGUGACUAUGGUGACCAUGCCGUCGUUCCCGGUGAGCACGCUGAAGCUGGCCUAGACGGCAAGGGCUUUGUUGGGAACCUUUCCUAAGGAAACUCCGUACAUUCCAACCGCGUCUGACUGGGCAGGAGGGAGCGCAGGAUGCCGAGCGGGGGCCGGGCGGGGCUCGC